AUGGAGUGUGGUAUGCGCGGCGUGAAUGUGCGGUAUGGGGUAACUGAAGGGUGUUGCAUGUGCGGCGUGUGGUUUGGAUGGAGUGAGGUAUGUGCUGUGCGUGUGGUAUGUGGAGUUGUUGCAUGUGCGGCGUGUGGUUUGGAUGGAGUGUGGUAUGUGCGGCGUGUGUGGAUUGGAUGGGGUGUGGUUUAUGGCGGUAUGUGUGGUAUGGAUGGAGUGUGGUAUUUGCGGCGUGUGGUAUGA